AAACUCGUUUUUCAUUGGCCGAUCGAUUAUGUUCGUUACAAGUUCGAUCAUCUGUUUCUUGGCCAUUGUUUUCUCAACCCUCCAUAACCGUCAAUUUUCAGAAGUUCUCCAAGUCAUAAAUUCAAUUUUCCGAUCCUAAAGAUUAUUUCAGCGUCUCAGAUCCAAAUCCCCCUAUACCCCAUAAUGAUGAAUGACAAGGAAAAUAGCGGUCCCGCCAGAAUUCGCAACUUCAAGAACAAGGGCAAAGAUGGAUCGGAAAUGCGAAGACGCCGCAAUGAAGUCAGUGUUGAGUUGAGGAAAGCCAAAAAAGAUGAACAGCUUCUGAAAAGACGUAACAUCACAUUGGAUGAAGAUGAAGAGCCACUAUCACCACACCAAGAUAACGUUUCAUCACCAUCAGAGCCUAUCAGACUGGAUGAUAUUGUGCGCGAACUUGAAUCAACAGACAAGAACCUUUGGAGGGAGGCCGUCCGCAAAGUUCGUAAAUGCUUGAGUAAAGAACGUCAGCCGCCUAUCGACUCAAUCAUCCAGUUGGGAAUUAUUCCUCGCUUGGUGAGCUUCCUCUCAUACCACGAAGAACCAGCCCUUCAGUUUGAUGCAGCGUGGGCACUCACCAACAUCGCAUCAGGAACCAGCGAACAGACUCAGAUCGUUGUCAAACAUGGUGCCGUCCCUCUUUUGAUUGAACUCUUAGGCUCGAACAAGAUAGAUGUCGCAGAGCAAGCUGUUUGGGCUCUCGGAAACAUUGCUGGUGACGGGCCAGGUAUGCGAGACUACGUUCUGGAGCACAAUUGUAUGACAGCAAUUUUGAAAUUAAUCGUCCCUGAAAUAUCGCUCAAUUUCCUGAGGAAUGUUGUGUGGACAAUCUCUAAUUUAGUACGUAACAAGAACCCACCUCCCAAGUUUUCUACGGUUUCAGAAUGUUUGCCCACUCUAAACAAAUUACUCAACCAUGAAGACGAGUCUGUCAUUACCGAUACAUGUUGGGCGUUGUCUUACCUCACUGAUGGGACCAAUGAGAAAAUUCAGGCUGUCAUUGAAGCAGGUGUAGUUCCAAGACUAGUCCAGCUCCUUGGGCACCCAAAUGCUAACAUUCUCAUGCCAGCAUUGAGGACUUGCGGAAACAUUGUCACCGGAGAUGAUGUGCAGACGGACUGCAUUAUCAAUGCGGGUGCUCUUCGUUUCUUGGAAGCACUUCUGAAGCACCAAAGACCCAGCGUAGUGAAAGAAGCAGCAUGGACUGUUUCAAACAUCACAGCCGGUAAUCCCAAUCAAAUUCAAGCCGUCAUCAAUGCUGGAAUCCUUCCCUCCAUAAUCAAUAUUAUUGAAAGUGGUGAUUUCAAGUCACAGAAAGAAGCAGUUUGGGUGAUCACGAACCUAACAACUGGAGGAACAAUUGAGCAGAUGGUAAUGCUCGUCCAAUCUGGUGCCCUUGGACCGUUCUGCAACAUGCUGCUGAACAAGGACUGGAAGACAGUGAUGGUGGUCUUGGAUGGAAUCCAAAAUAUCCUCAGCAAUGCUCAAAAAAUAGGAGAGGCCGACAGGGUGGCGACCAUGAUCGAAGUCUGCGGGGGCCUCGACAAGCUGGAAGCUCUUCAGCAGCAUUCCAACGAGAAGAUCUACCAGAAAGCAUUGGCUAUCAUCGAUGCCUUCUUCUCAUCUGAAGAAGGUGUUGAUUCCUCAGUCGCUCCCACCGAAGUUGAUGGACAACUCAACUUUACAUCCUCUGCAGCCCCGCAAGGUGGCUUCUCGUUCUAAAUGUCUGUCUACUGAUCUCAUCACUUGCCAUACUAUUUCCUCAAUCAGACCGCACAAUCUAAUCUAAGUAGACGAUUUAAGACAUUCUACGUUUAGUCUGGUUUUAAUCAAUUUUACUCCGCUGUCUUGUGAUACGAUAUUUGUGAUUGUUUUCUUUCAUUUGUCAUAUUGUUAACUUGUGUCCUCUAUCGCUUCGAUCAAAGAUGAGCUAUUCUAUUUUUCUGUGAUUCCCAACCAAUUAAAUUCUCCCUUUUUUUCUUCUUUUUUUUUAAGUGGAGCAUGUAAGAGAAGUUAUCCCCUAAUAUUGAAGUAUUUUAGCAUAAUUUUGACUAUCAAGAACUGCAUCCAUUCUUAUUGGAAAAAACGUAAUACAUGUAAUUUCUCUCUCUAAUACCGAUGUUGCUGUAAGUUUAGCAAUCGCGUAAAUUACCGGUGCAUUUUCAUGCUUUUGAUCAUAGAUGUAUUUAAGAAACAGACUCUUGAAAAUCCUGGAAGUGUAUCCUUCAAAUUCAUUCCGUGCUUUUCUGCUUGAUGUAUUUUAGAAUCUUAUAGUUAUUCAAUGUUUUUUUCAUGGAUGAGUAGCCAAAUUUUACCUUGUGAUUCAAGGAAAUUCAAGUUCACUGUUAUUUCUCGUAUUUUAUUCGGUCCACUUUAGUUUCAUCCACUUACUGCCUUUGGAUUUUAACUGUUAAUCC